CAUGGCGGAAGUGAAUGUUUAUCAGUCGUCUUGGAAAGAACCCUUUCCUUCUUCAAUUUUAGACUAUCAAAACCUUUCUCAGCUCAUUGGGACCUGGAAUAAUGAUGAUCCUCUCAGAAAAGCAGAGAGAGUAAAAAGACUUCUAGAGUUCUUUUUAGAAAUUGUACAAUAUGACUUAACAACAAAAAUAACUCCAGAAUUUUGGAGGCAGAAUAACUCAGAUGAGGAUGAAAUGGAUGACAAGGACAAGAAGCACCCAAAGCUUUACAGUGCUGUAAAUUACUUAUACAAGAGUCUGUCUAUUUAUCAACCAUCAUUGAACCUUCUUUAUGGAUUGACAAAGCCACUGGAUAUCAGGGAUGCAAAAGAGAGCUUCCAAUCAUUGAUUAGAGUAAUAGUUUUUGGUAACAUCCCAGAGAUGUUUAAUAAGACAGUAGAAGAAUUCUAUAGCCAAGCAUUUAAAGCUUAUCAAGUUACAAAUAAACCACAAGAUCAAGAAGCAGACAUCUCUGUUGAUGAUGAUGAAAGUAAUGAGGAUAUUUCACUUGAGUGCACUGGCUGUGAACAGGAGAAAGACAGUUGUAUCUGCCAGACGAUUGUAGAACAAUUCACACAGUUUAACAAUUGGUUAUGCAGUAUGGGACUAUUACAUAAAGUGGCAGGUGCUGCAUAUGUAUCUGUCAUACACAAUACAAUUAAAGACAGGAUAGAGCAAAAAUGCAAAGGAGAAUUUGAGACCUCAUUUUUAGAAGUAUUAACAGAUUGGAUGGAAACAGAACUAUUUAGAUGGCUCAGCUCGAUCAUUCACAAUCAAGAUAAAUCUGAACACUCUAAUCUGAUGAGUCUAGAUUCUUGGAAACCAAGACUGAAGUAUUUUAUGUACAAAACGUUUGCAGACCUCAGGAUUGGUGAACUGUUUAACAUUAUUGUGGAAUUUCCUGAAUCUAUGCCAGCUAUACAAGACCUCAAGGAAUGCUUGGACCUUACUGAUCAACGAAGCCAACUUGUAAAUUCAUUACGAUCAGUGUUUGAGAAACGUCUUCUCCAUCCUGGAGCAAAUACCUCUGUCAUCCUUACACAAUAUGUGUCAGCCAUCAAGGCUUUACAUGUCUUGGAUCCCACUAGUGUGAUUCUAGAAAAUGUAUGCGAACCAGUCAAACAAUACCUCAGAACCAGGGAGGAUACGGUUCGCUGCAUUGUGACAAGCCUGACCGAUGACAGCAGUACAGAACUUGCCGAGGAAUUAAUGCAUGGAGAACCUCAUCCAAUUGACGACCCUGGUGCAAGUGAAAGUGAAGAAGAAACAGAAGACUGGAUGCCGGACCCUGUUGAUGCUCCUCCAGCCCGAUCAUCAAGAGCUGGCCGGACACCAGAUAUUAUUAGUAUGCUUGUUAACAUAUAUGGAAGUAAGGACCUGUUUGUAUCUGAAUACCGCACUCUUCUGGCUGACAGAAUACUAUCUACAUUUAACUAUGACACCGACAAAGAGUUAAGGUACCUGGAACUUCUCAAGUUAAGAUUUGGAGAAUCUCACUUACAUUUCUGUGAGAUCAUGCUUAAAGAUGUUGCUGAUUCCAGACGGAUCAAUACUCAUAUCCACACCCACAAGGAACGUGCUGGAGAUCAGGCAAAUGACAUAGACAUGAAUGCCAUGAUCCUGUCUGCUGUGUUCUGGCCUUCAUUCAGAGAAGAGAAGCUUAAAGUACCAGAUGUAGUUAAAGAGUCAAUGGACCAAUAUCGUACUGGAUACGAAGCCCUUAAAGGCAUGCGCACCUUACAAUGGAAGAGUCAUUUGGGCCUCGUUGAAGUGGAGUUGGAACUAGAGGACAGAACACUGAAUCUUACGGUAUCCCCUAUACAUGCAACAGCCAUUUGGCACUUUCAAGAGAAAGAUCGUUGGCAGAUAGAGGAGCUUUGCAGUGUCAUGCAAGUAACGCCUGGGACAUUAAGAAAGCGCCUAGCAUUCUGGGUAAAUCAGGGUGUUUUGAAGGAGGAGAGUCACGACACGUUUGUGGUUGUGGAAAAACAAAAAGGAUUGAAUAAAGUUAAUAAUGAAAUGGUCAUGGAUGCCGAGUUGGAGUCCGUGACGGCGUCUGCGGAACACCAGAGAGAAGAAGAGCUUCAGGUAUUUUGGUCAUACAUCGUGGGUAUGCUGACCAACCUAGAGAGUCUUCCUCUCGAGAGAAUCCACUCAAUGCUGCGAAUGUUCGCAAUGCAGGGUCCCUCUUCUACUCAAUGUAGCGUCGAGGAUCUCAGGAGAUUCCUGAAUCGCAAAGUUAGAGAACAAGAGCUACAGUUUGUUAAUGGAUUUUAUCGAUUACCGAAAUCUGGUAGAUAAAAAAAAUUGAUAGGGCAGUGAGUGAUAAAGUAACUUGAUGUACAUAAAUCUGCAAGACUAUAUAUAGGUUAUAACUAUUUCAAAAAUGGUUUUUUUUUUUUUCAAAAAUGGUUUUUUUUUUUGAUAGAAAUAAAAUUAAUUGGUAUGCCUAAAAGUUUGUUUCGAAGUUAUGUUUUCGAAGUUGUUUGAAAAAAAGAAAGAAA